AUGCCUGGUAUCUUGCCGAUGAAAGUGAUCAAGGUCGGCGGCACCCAAAGCCGCAUCGCCCAGGCCUGCGACCGAUGCCGCAGCAAAAAGAUUCGCUGCGAUGGCAUUCGCCCAUGCUGCACACAGUGUGCCAACGUCGGAUUCGAGUGUAAAACGAGCGACAAACUGAGUCGCCGAGCGUUCCCUCGUGGAUACACCGAAUCGCUGGAGGAACGGGUGCGGACCUUGGAAGCGGAGGUGAAGGAUUUGAAGGACCUGCUGGAUGAAAAGGACGAGAAGAUCGACGUUCUGUCACGGAUACAUUCGUUUUCUUCGCCAUCUCAACGAGCCUCAUCUGCGCGAUCGCCGUCUACGACCGGGCCCACCAAAUCCCCCGUAUCAGACGCAGGAGAAGGAGUGAUCCAUGUCGAGAAACCAUCGACUCAAUCUGGAUCCAAAAAGUCAUCUCAAAAUCCUUAUUCUGCGUUUUCGACCACCCUGGGUUUUGCUUCUGCCUUUAACGAUUCUCUUGUCAGCCAAGGAAAAUCGGCGUCAAAACUCUCUAUCGAGGCGCUCACGAAACUGUCUCCGCCUCUUUCUCAUGGAUCUUCCAACCAGACCAUCAAAACUGCUCCACGCCUGGUUUCAGAUCAACUUAUCAAUAUUUUCUUCCAGGAAUGGGCGCCGUUGUACCCGGUAGUGCACCGACCGACCAUUUUGAAAGCCUAUGGAGAGUAUUUGAACAACUCAGACUCCUUGAAACUUGAUGUUCAUGUUAUGGCUCAGUUGAAUUUGAUUUUUGGAAUCGCUGCUUUAUCCUCCAAUUCGCGGACCAACCAAGACCCUGCUUUCUUCGAGCAGAACUGGACUGCCUCGCUUGAUUCGUUCACUAACGAAACCUCCAUCGGAAGCUUGCAGUGUUUCAUCCUGGCCCAGCUUUACUGCAUGACCAAGGGCGAUUAUCGUAGCAUGCUGCGCUACCGUGCCCUUGCGGUUGAUAUCUGCCACCAGUUGGAACUGCACCAGAGCCAAACGGAACCGGUCUCUAAUCCGCUGGAAGCUGAGACCCGCAAGAAAGUCUUCUGGUGUCAAUAUACAGUGGACCGUUUCUGCUCUGUUCUGACCGGGAUGCCCGUUCUCCUGCGCGAAGGUGACAUUGAGAUCGAGUACCCCGUCGAUAUUGAUGAUGAGAAUGUCACUGAGUCUGGCUUCUUGCCAACUCUUCCGGGUGAAUCCACCCGUAUCUCGAGUGCGCUUGCACUCUUUGGCGCAGCCCGUAUCCUGAAUAAGGCCUUGGAGAAUAUGUAUCCCUCGAAAGCUGGGUACGAUGUCUAUAUCGCCAAACUGCGCUCGGUCGCUGCGCAGCUUGAUGAAUGGCUUCACAACUUACCUCCUCAUCUUCGCCUCGAGUUCAGCCAGGACAAGCCCAGCACCAAUGUCACCAGUAGCCGGUCGCCCCUCCUGUCUCUUGUCUACUACUUCAUUCGAUCUUUGAUCCACCGCCCGGCCGUGUGCUUUGCUGAAGAGCAUCUUCGCUCUCCCUCAGUUUUGGCCAUGUCUGAUUCUGCGAAGCACAUCAUUCAGAUUCUUGAGUUGCUGGAUGAGCGCCGACUGUGCCUUUCUGUCAGCAUCAACCGCAGAGAGCUGGUGUUCUUUUCUGGCCUAGGGCUUUUGUGGCAGGCCAUGGGCUUGAAGCGUGACAGCAAGUUGGCAAAGGAGAGUCAGAAGCUACUCUCUACUGUUCUCGAGCAACUUCAACCCGAGUCAUCCACCGCAGCCACCGAGUUCAGAGCACUCGCCAGCACAUUGGUCUCUCUGGACAUGGAUCACAAAACUGUGACCACUAGUAAGCAGUCACAUGAGAUGGAUGCCCCGACCCACAAGCCUCUUCGAUCUCCAAAGAAACAGCUGCAGUCCUUGAAGGCCCGCCUUACCCAUAGUGCAAACAAAAACCAAUCUGUUGCUCAGGGCUCGCAGUCUCGUCGAAAUACUGUCUCUAAUUCCUCACCUCCGCUUUACUCUCAAAAUCUCCGGUCUCCUAGUUGGACAAGUCUCCCUCCAUCUCAAAAUGACCAGUCGCCGGCCGGUCUAUUCUCCUUGGAUCGAGGACGCUCUUCUCUCGAUCUUGGAUCUGACCCACGGCAUCUUUCCUUCAUGGGAUACGACCACCCUAGGGCCGUAUCGUGCUCUACACCUUCGGACGCUACUGCCGGAGCCAUCACAAUGGCCGAUUGGGAGUAUGUCUUGAGCGACAUGGACCGCGGAUAUUCCAAUAUUUUCACUGGCAUCUACGGUGGUAGUGAAUGUGGCGAGGACCCUGGCCCAUUCGCCUCGAUCACGGCCGAGUACGGUCGCAAAUCUCAUGACGCCACACUAAGCAUUCCGGCUCCUUUGUCGAAUGACUUGCAUGAUUUGUCACCAGAAGCGUGGUCUGCCAGCAGUGGGGACUACCCUCUGACAAACGACCAUCCCACGCAAAGCGUGCCAAGCUACUCUGGCGAGAGCAUGGGGAGCAACGAGGACACUUUCACUUCUCUAACCGAUGCCUCGGUGCACCCGGACGAGAUGGGUCUUCUCGACCCAUUCCAAGGACUCGCCAUGCCUGGCAAGGACGAGAUUGAUGAGUUUAGCCUAAUUAACGGCUGGGACCGACGGCUGGCCGUUUGA